AUGUACGAUGAAUACCAACAAGUUCGCCUCAGUCCCAGCCUGAAUAUGGGAUUGCUUCGUAACCUUUAUUCUUAUCCAUUGGUUAAUGGCGUGCAUGCGUUGUUACUUGACGUAUAUCAGAACCAGCAUGCCAAAGACCAUGGUCUUGACUCCGCGGCAUAUCUCUGGACGAAGGACCUUGCCGAUUUCUUACCUCGGUUCAAUUAUGUGCGAGACGUUACUAUACAGAAUAUCGUGUGGGGCAUUGUCGCGCGACCGACGCGAGAAGUCUUUCUCAACCAUUUCUCAAUGAUCGGUCGACUCGAAUUGACUCAUGUAGACUUUUGGAAUACCCACCAGUUCUUGCGCGUCCUGGACGCAUUCCCCCGCGUUCAGUGGCUCUGCGUCACCGACAUCAGUUUUCAAUGGGUUAAUCACACUCAGAGACAGGUAUCCGGCACUGUGCCGCGCGCCUUUCAUCAUCUACACUACCAAGGCAAAGGCUUAUCAAUAUUUGUGGACUGGUUAUUGGGGGAUGGCAGAGACGUUUUCAUCGAGGAGUUGAUCAUCCGUUCGAACUAUCCGGAUCUCGAAGACCUCGUCAAGCUCUUCACGAGGCUUGCACCUCAUCUGGCGAGUUUUGCCUUCGAGCAGUUCCCAGAGCAGGAAUGGAACGCGUGCCUUGAUAACGAGCUUCUAACCAAAGAUGAGCAUCUCGUGGGGCCCUCUAGAGAAGGUACCAGCAGUAACAAUUCAGACGGAGUGAAGAAGCGCAUUACGGAAAGGCAAGUUAUAUAUGACCCCGAGGAUGAUUACAAAGAAGAUCCGGCGGAGGAUUCAGGCAUGCGAUUGACACGUCUUGUGGAGAGACUACAACAGAACGAAAAUGUGAAGAGAACGACAGCUUAUACGAAGAUGGAAAAGGACAUAGGAUACGAGCCCCCGGAGGCUCUUGCGCAGAGCUUCCGAAUGGAUGCAUUGGAAAACAUCGUGGCUCAGCUGCAUUGGGGCGAUAUAACUCUGCUCACGAUUGACAUUAUGGGACAGCUCGUCUCGUCCCGAACACGCCUUUUCAAUCUUGAACUCACGUUUGAGGACCUAGAUGACCUAAUGUCGUUGCCGCAGGAGCUCGACCCCGUCCUGGACGAUAUCACACUUCAGGCAUCACACAACUCUGACUUCACAGUGGUUUUCCGGUCAAGUAUCCAAGUGAACGAUGCGAAGUUUCUACAAGAGAUGAUCAUCGCCAAUUUACCCAGGGCGCGGGUCAAUCCGCUCUUGAAGUUCGUGUUUGACAUCAGGGAGACAGCCGGUGGCAGAACGGAGGCACACGUCUUGCAAGACGUUCUCCCGAGGAUAACACCUUUCGAGUUCCAUGUUCUAUCGACGUUAGACGUCGGUGGUGCUCAGCUGCAGCCAUCCGCGGGUCCGAUGCGUCUCCCCGAAUCGCAUCCACAGCCGGUUGCAGGAUCUCCUCAAUAUAGUUCCCCGCUGGCCGGCUUCGGCAGUCUGGUCAUGGACGCAUCGCACGUUGUCAGUUCCACACGACCUCCUCCACACGCUCAGGCUGGCGUAUUGUAUCAGGCUGCGGUCCCUCAACAGCGUCAUUUCCACCCCGCUGAUGACCAUUGUAACAUAGCUGGCUCAUCUGGGGUCGUAUUCUCCCCCCAGCUUGAUACAUAUGCUGGUGUAUCGUACCCACAGCAGGCUGGAGGAUCGUUCCAACACCGCUCUAGCCCAGGCGAUGUGUUCGGCUUGUCUUUCGACCCACCGCAGUUUUCUGGUCUAUCGCAGCCGCAUGCAGUUGCCGAAGGAAUGAGUAUACAGCCAGUUGCAAGGAUCUUACAAUGUCAACCUCAGCCAGAUUAUGUCCCUUCCACGGGAGAGCAGCGUGAACGUAUGGUAGAUUGCAUAGUGCAUAGAUCUCCAGGGAGAGGCAAAGGCACCACCCGGGAGGCAUAG